ACCCGGGUGAGUCACCGCCGUACUAGAAACAAAUACCGAUACCAGCCCUAAACCUUCACUCCAACCUUUAAAAUUCAUCUUAAAGCUACGUUAGAAGACGAAAGGACGAAUUACUUUAAAUUUACUUUAAUGUUCGUAAGUAAUUUUAUAUCAGAGUGGUUUUAUUAGCGCGUGUUAUUUUUAGUAAGUGUUCACCUGCUGUAGUAGAGUAUCGCUCUAGUCGUCACUCCCAAUUGUACCCGCCCGGAAAUAUAUUCUCUCACCUCACAGUUCACAAUUGCUCGACUCGUUUUGUUAGCAGAAGUAAAACUUUGAAAAACAAAAGGGUUUGUUUUUAUACACUACUGCUGGUGGUCUCAGACAUGGACCCAAUGGAUGGAGGAAUGCGUUACACUCCCAGAUCUUCGGGCAAAGAGUGGGAGCAGACUGUCACAUUUUUACCCGCAUCAGACAACAAAAAGCUAGAAAAGAAAAGGGGCCCAGGAAAGAUUGGGAUCAUUGUUGGUUUGGUGAUAUUGGCGGCUGUUUUGGCUUUGAUCAUAGGACUGUCGGUCUGGCAUUUCCACUUCCGAAAGGAUUUGAGGAAUCAGAAGAUUUACACUGGGUCCCUUAGGAUAACCAAUGAAGCUUUUGUGGACGCGUAUGAAAAUUCAGAUAGCCCAGAGUUUAAACGCUUGGCAGACCAAGUAAAUGCUCAGCUGAAAACAAUGUAUUCACAGUCUUCAGACCUGGCUAAAUAUUACGUUGGUUCUAAAGUGACAGCCUUCAGUGAGGGCAGUGUAAUAGCUUGGUAUGAGUCAGAGUUUAAUGUUCCAGUGGGCCAGGAUGGAGCAGUGGAUGAGGCGAUGAACAGUUUAAGUAACAAGUACAGCACUCAAUUUCGUCGUUUUGGAAAUAAUCCAGGUCCCCUGGAGGUUGACAAAGUUGCAUCCUCAGCUCUGGAUAUGCGUCUGUUGUCAAGAGCCAGAUCGGUUAUAAAAGACAGCAAGCACACCAGGGGUUUCUCUCAAGAGACCAUUAAAUCUCCUGGAUUCCCUGACACUGCGUAUCCUGCCAACACGUUAGCGCAGUGGGAGCUUCGAGGUGACCCAGAAUACGUCCUCAAGCUGAAAUUUGACAGCUUCAGACUGGAGCAAAACUGUGCAAACGAUUUUGUAAGGGUGUACGAUUCCCUGGUGCCAAUGGACAAGCAUUUGAUAGCAGAAAAAUGUGGCAUCUAUUCCCCAAGUGAGCUUCCAACCUUUAUCUCAUCCCGAAACGUUAUGCUGGUCACUAUGGUAACCAAUGAAGUUGGUAAUUUUCCUGGCUUCAGAGCCAUUAUAUCCCAGAUAAAGCGAGAUAGCCCAGAGGUCACAUGUAGUGGUAAAUUGACUGGCACCUCGGGCGCAUUCACAUCACCGAACUAUCCAAGUUAUUACUCUCCCAACACCACUUGUCAGUGGGACAUUGAGGUUCCUAGUGGAAAAUUUAUCAAGCUGAAAUUCCAGAAGUUUCUGGUGUCUACAGGGGGGGUGAACUCUUGCUCUGGAGACUAUGUGGAGGUGGUUGGUAAAAGUCGAUUGUGUGGACAGCAGCCACCUAAUAUGAUAACCAGCAACAGUAACAUGAUGACGGUUAAGUUCUUCUCCGAUUCUUCACGUGUAGAUCGAGGUUUUACAGCCACAUAUGAGGCCUUUGAGCCAUCUGACCCUUGCCCGGAUCAGUUUCAGUGUGAUAACAAACGCUGCGUGGGUAAAUCUAUGCGCUGCGACGGCUGGAACGAUUGCGGAGACAGCAGCGAUGAAAAAAAAUGCCAAUGUGACCCCAGUAUGAUUCAGUGCAAAAAUGGCUUCUGUAAGCCAAUGUUUUGGCAGUGUGAUGGCGUAGAUGACUGUGGAGAUAGGACUGAUGAAGAUAAUUGUGGAGGAUGUAAGAAUGGAGAGUUUAAGUGUGAGCAGUCGGAUCAGUGCGUCUCAGAGAAGAUGAAGUGUGAUGGUAAAGCUGACUGUAAGGACGGAUCGGAUGAGAAGGGUUGUGGAAGAGAUUCGACCUGUACAGUAUCAACAUUUGCUUGCGGCAAUGGCAAAUGUAUCACAAAACCAAAUCCUGUGUGUGACGGCCAAGACGAUUGCGGUGACAAGUCCGACGAGGCCAACUGCAAUUGUGGAAAGAAAGCAUUCAAGGUAUCUCGUAUUGUGGGCGGACAGGAUGCCGCAGAGGGUGAGUUCCCAUGGCAGGUCAGCCUUCACAUUAAAAACAUCGCACACGUUUGUGGUGCGUCGAUCAUCAGUGAACGCUGGAUCGUCACCGCUGCCCACUGCGUGCAAGAUGACCCCAAGAUCAGGUAUUCUCAGCCUGGCACAUGGGAGGCAUAUCUGGGUCUUCACUCACAGAAAUCGAAACAGAAUGCAGUGAGAAGAAACAUAAAACAAGUCAUCCCUCACCAGUACUACAACACCUACACAUUUGACAAUGACAUUGCCCUAAUGGAGCUGGAUUCACCAGUGACCUUCAGUGAUACCAUUCGGCCCGUUUGCCUGCCUGCUGCUGCUGAUGAGUUCCCUGCUGGAUCAACUGUCACCAUAACUGGCUGGGGUGCUACAAGAGAAGGAGGCUCUGCAGCAAAUGUGUUGCAAAAAGCGCAGGUUCGCGUCAUCAACAGCACAGUGUGCAAUAAACUAAUGAACAAUCAGAUAACAUCUCGCAUGACGUGCGCUGGCGUUCUGACAGGAGGAGUGGAUGCUUGCCAGGGUGACUCAGGUGGCCCUAUGAUCUCUUACAUGAACGAACGGAUGUACUUGGCUGGAGUCGUGAGCUGGGGUGACGGUUGCGCUCGUAGAGACAAGCCGGGAAUCUACACAGCCGUCCCAAAAUUCCGGGGGUGGAUCAAAGAGAAAACAGGAGUGUAAUUUGGUGAUUUUUAUGGUGGACUGAGAAAAUUUCUGGACUGUUUUGGCAUCUCAGAUAUGUUAAUAUUUACAGUCACCAGAUUAAGCCAGUAUAGGCCGGCUAAUUCAUUAGCAUGGUCAAUCCUGUCUUGUUCCUGGUUGACUGGUGGACUUUUUACCUGUAUUUUGCAUUUGUCCAAAAGCUGUUUUAAAUAUUUGUAUAUUUUAUAAGGAGAGGUAUAAGGGAUUUAUCUUUGAAUGUGUAAAUAAAUAUCUUAUUUUCUCUUUUAAAAUAUUUGUUGUUUUUAGUGACUACAGUCUUUAAGUGAAGUGAAGCUUUGUAUUAUGUGUGGAUGAUUUUGUUUUUGUGUGGGUCGUUCAUUGUUUAUUUUGGGACAUGGACUUUUCUGAUUCAUACACCGUGAAAUGUGAACAUUUACAGUGUGCUUUUCUGGCUUUUGUUGCAGUUUCACAUUUUAAUGUGACGGUUUUUAACACGAGUUGCAAAAUGUACAUGCUUUAAUGUGCCGUGACUUAAAACUAUGUUUUAGGCACACAUAGAAACACUUGAAAGGAGCUCGCUUUUUGUAUGUGACAAUUUAAUAAUGAAUUUCCAAGCAAUGCAUUGUUUAUAUCCAUGAUUUCAUAGAUGAUUUAAGAAAUUUUUACAAUGAAAUAAAAUGUGUUUCUGGUCAAAAUUAUCCAAAA